CCCAGACCAUGGCUCUCUCCGCCAUCCUGCUCCUCAUUAUCUUCACUGGCCUCCUGCUCUUAUGGGGCCACCCUGCCUCCUGGGGCCGCCUCCCUCCUGGACCCUGGCCUCUGCCCUUCCUGGGGAAUGUCUUGCAAAUGGACCAGAAGGGCCUCCUCAAGUCUUUCCAGGCGCUACGGGAGAAAUACGGGGAUGUCUUUACUGUCUACCUGGGGUCUCGGCCUGCCGUCAUCCUGUGGGGGUAUGAGGCGAUGAGGGAGGCCCUGGUGGAUCAGGCUGAGGCGUUCUCUGGCCGAGGGCACAUCGCCAUCCUUGACCCUGUCUUCCAGGGAACAGGUGUGGUCUUUGCCAAUGGAAAGUCAUGGAAGGUUCUACGGCAAUUCUCUGUGACCACCAUGAAAGACUUUGGGAUGGGGAAGCGGACUAUUGAGGAACGAAUCAAGAAGGAGGCUCAGUGUCUGGUGGAGGAGCUUCGGAAAUCCCAGGGGGCCUACCUGGAUCCUCAUUUCCUCUUUAACUCUAUCAGCGCCAACAUAAUCUGCUCCAUUGUCUUUGGUGAGCGCUUUAAUUACCAAGACCCUAGACUAUUACGGCUGCUACAUUUACUUAAUGAAAUCUUCAUCAUUCUCUGCUCCUUCUAUACCCAGGUGUUUGAAAUCUUCCCGGGCAUCUUGAAAUACUUUCCUGGCACACACACCCGCUUGUACAGCAUGCUUCAAGAAGUGAAAGAUUUUAUCACUGAGAACGUGGAGAGGCACCAGAAGAUGCUGGAUCCCAGUGGCCCUAAGGACUUCAUUGAUUCCUUCCUGCUUCGCAUGGACAAGGAGCGCUCAGAUCCUGAGAGUGAGUUUCACCAGGAGAACCUCGUUCACACGGUGCUCUCACUGUUUUUUGCUGGUACAGAGACCUCCAGCUCCACACUCUGCUUUGGGUUUCUACUCCUCCUUAAGAACCCUGAUGUCUUAGGGAAAGUCCAGGCAGAAAUCGACAGAGUGAUUGGUGCACACCGUCUCCCAGCUCUGGAAGAUCGGCCAAAAAUGCCUUAUACAGAUGCCGUCAUCCACGAGAUUCAGAGAUUCAGUGACCUAGUCCCUGUUGGUGUCCCCCACUCUGUCAUCAAGGACACUCACUUCCGUGGAUAUUACCUCCCUAAGGGCAUUACCGUGUACCCCAUCCUGAGCUCUGCCCUCCAAGACCCACGCCACUUUGAGAAGCCAAAUGCCUUCUAUCCUGGCCACUUCCUGGAUGCACAGGGCAAAUUCAGGAGGCCGAAAGUCUUCAUCCCAUUCUCCAUGGGAAAACGCCUCUGUCUGGGUGAGAGCUUGGCCCGCUCAGAGCUCUUCCUCUUCUUGACCUCUCUGCUGCAGAACUUCUCUUUGGGGUCUCCCCAGGCCCCUGAAGACAUCGACCUCACGCCCAGGGAGAAUGGGCUGGGGAGAGCGCCCCCUGUGUUCCAGGUCCGCUUCCUGCCCCGCAGAGGAGAGGGAGGGCAAGAAGAGGCACAGAUGUCCUCUGAGUCCUUGCAUCCAGCCGCUGACCCUGUCCGGAAUUAAUACGUGCAGGCUCCACCCUGCUCCACCACUUUCUCCUGUGGAAAAUCCCUUUUGUGGUCUCUCCAUCAUCCAGCCUGUUGUAGUCACCACUCAUCCCUAGAUGGCCUGCACUGUUGACUGAGGAUAUUUCAGGGUCAAGAAAUACGGGCUGGACUUCCCUGGUGGUCCAGUGGUAAAGAAUCCAGCAACCAGUGCAGAGGACAUAGAUUCAGUUCCUGAUUUAGAAAGAUUCCACAUGCCACGAGGCAACUGGGCCUGUGUGUCACAACUACUGAAGCCCUUGCUUUAGAGCCUGUGCUCCGCAACAAGAGAGGCCACCGCAAUGAGAAACCCGAGCAGCUCAAUUAGAGAGUAGUCUCCAAUCACCACAUGCUGCAACAAAGAUCCAAGUGCAGCCAAAAACAAACAAAUAAAUAAAAUUAAAAAAAAAAAAAAGAAUUACCUUCAAUAACUUAGUGUUACCACCAUCCCUAGAACAGUUAGGGUAACUAAGGCCCCAGAGGAGGGCAAGAUUUAGAUCCAAGCUUACCCAGAACAGCAGCAUCAGAACCAGGUCUCCCGCCUCCCUCCCCUUGUCUCCAUCUACCGUGCAUACCCCUGCCCUCCUCCUCCGUUGAAUUGAAAUGGCUAAUUCAACCCUUAACUUCUGCGCUGCAUGACUCCAAAAUAUCUCUUACCUCUCUGAUCUUAUCCUCCAAAACCAGUGAAACCAAAAUAAAAUUCUGUUCUUUCUGGACAAUGGC